GUCAGCGCCCCGCUCUCAGCAGUUAAGCAAGUGUAACAGGCACUUAACAAUUGUUUUCACUUUGCGGCUAAUUGAAUUAUUUGAAAAUCAGCAACAAUGGAUCAUGGAUCAGGUGGUACCACUGCUAAAUCUUGUCCAAUGAUUAUGGUGUUCCAUGGCGGCCACUGUGAGAGAAUUUUGUGGCGUGGCUGGGUGGCAUCAACCGUUGUCGAAUUCACGUUCUCCGCCAUCGCGUUCUUUGUGCUCGCCUUCAUCUACGAGCUGCUCAAGUUUCUGCGUAAUUAUCUGUUGCAACGAGAGGCGCGCAAGGUAGCUGAACAAACGGCCGCAGAGAUAAGACGAAAGAGGGAAAUAAACGAUUGCGCCGGCUGCUCGGAGACGCCACUGGCCGAAAUCAGAGAGGAGACUUACUGGCAGCGUAUCUUCAACUCGGCACAUAUCAUCCAAUCGCUGCUGUAUCUGGUACAAGUCAUAAUCUCCUAUUUGCUGAUGCUUGUCUUUAUGAACUUUAACUAUUGGCUGUGCUUGGCCGUUGUUUUGGGUCUAGCAGCAGGAUACUUUUUCUUUGGUUGCUUUAAGAAAGAUGCGCAGGAUAGCGAUUGCUGUCCUUGAGCUGCCUAAACCAUUUCUGUUUCAUGACAUGACAUUGUUUAAAGUGUUCCAAUACUUAUUAUAUGGAACAUUAUAUGUAUGUUUAUACUUUAAAGUAUGGAUAAGUUUUCUUUUUUGUUUUGUGUUCAUUAGAUUUUGACAUGUAGUUUAAUACGACCAAUCAAUCCCAUAAAUUCGAGCAUGUUUCUUGUCAGCUUUCUUUACCGCAUAGUUAUUAUAAAUUCGGAUCAAAUAUUUUGCUAAAAUAAAAAAAAA